UGAUGUCACUUCCUUUUAAAACGUGCAUGGUGGUGAAACAGCCUCACUUGUAAACAUGAGGCUUGAAAAGUGUUAUUUUUGCUCGUCUACAGUAUAUCCUGGACAUGGUGUCCAUUUUGUAAGAAACGACUGUAAGAUAUUUAGGUUCUGUAGAUCAAAAUGCGUAAAAGCCUUUAAGAAAAAGCGUAACCCAAGGAAAACAAAAUGGACCAAGGCCUUCAGGAAAGCUGCUGGGAAGGACCUUGCCGUGGAUCCAUCAUUUGAGUUUGAGAAGAGAAGAAAUGUACCAGUCAAAUAUGAUAGAGAAUUAUGGACAACAACCGUGAAAGCAAUGAAGAGGAUUGACGAAAUUAGGGUAAAAAGACAGAACCAACAUAUUCUUAACAGAUUAAAGAAAGGCAAAGAACUGGAAAAGGCCAACGACAUCAAAGAUGUGGAAAAGAAUAUUCAUCUCAUUCGAUCACCAGCAGCGAGGAGUAAACUUUUGGAGAAGAAAAUGGUGCAAGUCAUCAAGGAAGAAAACAUGGAUAUGGACGAAGACUUAUAAGAUGGAGAACUGUUACAUUUAAUGUCUCAGACCGUGACAAAGUGACACAUUUUUCUGAAAGAGUUUCACCUGGAAGGACCUGUGCUAAUUAAGAUACCACUGAACUUGUACACUCACAAACGAUGUGAAGUGGGUUUUUUCUGUAAAUCAUGAUAGUCUCAAUGUUCGCUACUUGCUGCAGUUUCUUUUUAACAAAUACUAGGAGGUUUUUUUUUUCAUGUACAUCAUUGUUAAUGAUAUGUUGAAUCAAACAUAUAUAAAUGAUAUGAGGAUAACAUUUAUUUGCGACACCUUUCCAGACCAGAGAUGCUCAUGCUGUUAGUGUAUUUGACACCAUCACAAAAACUCAGUAAAUGUAAGACAAUACUUGUAUUGUUCGCUGUUGCCCCAUGCUUAAGUCAAUGUAGAACGAAAAAUAAAACACAAAAAAUGAAAAAUUA